CAUAAUGGACCCAAAUUCGAUGGAAAUAAAAAGCCUGCAGACGGUUUUGGAAAGCGUCAAUAACGAAGCAAAGCAGCAUCAAUUCGAAGCAGAGUUGAAUGAUUCCAAAUCAAAAAUCUCGACAAGCCUGGGAAGCACAGAAUUAGAUAGUAUUGGAACAACAAUUAAAAUUCAUAGUGUACUUUCAACCGAAGGCGAUUAUGAGAUACGUCUUUCGCCAGAAAAUAAUAUUGAAUCCGCAAAUACCAAAAGUGAAAUGGAAAAUACACAUGACACACCUGGAAAUAGAGAACAGAUUUUGAGAAAAAAUAAAUUUAAGACCCAGAAAACCUUGCCAGAUGAUGAAAAUAGAGUUACACAAGAGAAUGAUUCUUUAAUUAUGCCAGAAGAAAAAAUUGUAACCAGCGAACAAGAUUUAACUGGAUUUGCGACCGAGAAAAUCUUAAAAACUGAUGAUGAUGUUAUUAAUUUGAAACACGAUUCAACAGAGGUGGUGAAAGAAGAUCAGCAGACCAUUGCAUCAUCUUCAAACCAACCUGAAAUAAUUCCAACUUCAACUCAAGAUACACUGCAAGAAAAACAAAGUCAUAGUGUUGAAACAGAAAUGAAUACUAAAGGUGCUCUUCCAGUUGAAGACGAACUUGAGAUAAGCCUUGCAGCACAAAAUGAUUCAGAUUCAGUUAUUACCAAAAGAUCAAUCAUAAAUGAACAGCAGAAACCCGAUCAUGCUGGAGAUCUAUUGAUUGAUAUUUCAAAAGAAGACAAUGUAGCUGAAGAAAUGACUAAGGAAGCCGCAAAACCCGAGGACGAGGAAAUUACGAUGGUGCCUGAUUCUUUUAAUUUGUCAAAGGAUCAAACAAAUGAAAAAAAUUUAAUUAAAGUAGACACCGAGAAAAUCGUAAAAUCCGAUUCAAAAGAAGAUCAGCAGACCAUUGCCCCACCUCCAAACCAACCUGAAAUAAUUCCAACUUCAACUCAAGAUACACUACAAGAAAAACAAAGUCAUAGUAUUGAAACAGAAAUGAUAACUAAAGGUGCUCUUCCAGUCGAAGACGAACUUGAGAUAAGCCUUGCAGCACAAAAUGAUUCAGAUUCAGUUAUUACUAAAAGAUCAAUCAAAAGUGAACAGGAUACACUUGAUCAUGCUGGAGAUCUAUUGAUUGAUAUUUCAAACGAAGAAAACAUAGCUGGAAAAGAGGCCCAGAAAGCCGAGAAACCGGAGGACGAGGAAGUAACAAUAGUGCCUGACGCUUUUAAUUUGUCAAAGAAUCAAACAAACGAACAAGAUUUAAUUGAAGUAGUUACCGAGAAAAUCCCAACAUUCGAUUCUAUGGACACGCCAAAAGAAGAAGAUCAGCAGACCUUAUCUUCAAAUCGACCUGAAAUAUUUCCAAUUUUAACUCAAGAUACCAAUAAUCAAACUAUUGGUUCUGGAACAGAAGAUGAAAUUCAAAGUUUACUUCAAGUUGAAGAUGACCUCGAAAUAAGCAUUCCAUCGCCAGAUGAUUCAAUUAUUACAAUAAGAGAAAACAAAAAGGAAAAUGACACAACUGAUAAUGCUGAAGAUGUAUUGAGCGAAAAUAUAAAUAUCGAUAACAACGAAGAUAUAGCUAAGGUCGAGACUCAGAAAAACUCAAAACUUAAUGCCGAUGAAGUUACAGCUGCAGAUAGUUCUGAAGAUCAUCCUAAAGAAAUUAAAAGUGACGCCAGUCGAUCAAAUGAAAAUGACAAAAAUAAGAGCAUAGAAAAGAAAAAGGAGUUGAAGGAUCCAGCCGCCCCUUCUGACACUGAAAUACUUACAGCUGCAGAACCAUCCGACGAAUCAAAGGAAAUUAAAAUCGAUUUAAAUACUGAACAUACAAAUAUUUUAGUAUCACCUUCAAGAGCUGCAGAUAGCUCUGAAGAUCAUCCUAAAGAAAUUAAGAGUGACGCCAGUAGUUUAAAUGAAAAGGACAAAAAUAAGAGCAUAGAAAAGGAAAAUAAAGAAAUAAAAGAGAAUAAUGGCAGCAUUACAAGAAGUUCUAGUUUAAAUUCUGAAGUCAACUCUGAUAAUACGAAAUUAAUGGAAAUCAAACAACCAUAUGAGGAUGAACCAUCAAAACUUGAGAUGAUUGAACAAAACUUAAGUAGUAGUUUAAAAGAGCAACAAAGUGAACCAACAGAUGAAGAUGAUAAUGAAAAAAUAAAAAACGUUAUAUUAACUUCCACUGACGAAGCUAUAAGAGGCAAACGUUUGAUUGGGAAUGAUUUGAAAAAUAAGGAGAGCGACAAUUUCAAAAGUCCUAUAAGCAAAUCGACAAAAAACGGAAGCACAAACGAACAAAUAUCUGUAUCCGAUGUCGAUAAACCGCCAAUGGAUAAUGACAGCGAUGAAACCCAAAAACAAAAUCUUGAAUCUAUUGACUCGAAAGAUGGCCCAUCGAAAAACCCUAUUAUGAAAGAUACUACAGAAGUUGAAGUUAUGGAUAAAAUACCAACAAAUAAAUCGAGCGAGGUGGUCAAGCUGGAUUCGUUAAGUCCCGAAGUAAAUGCUGCAGGUUCCACAAGCGAUGUAGAAAUCGGCUUAGAUAAGGCUCUGUCGCGUUCAGAAUCGGAUUCUUUCCCCAAAGACAUACUAAUGGAAUUCCUGAACAAAGAAAUCGAUUUCUCUUCAGGACUAGUGCCCCUUAGGGUUGAGGAAGCACCAUGUGAAAGGAAAUCCGACGAUGUAUCAACUCUCGAUUUAAUGAAAGAAUUUCUGAACAGAGAGAUCGAAUUCUCCUCUGGAAUUGAGGAGCUACCAUGUAUAAAGAAAUCCAUUUCACGCACUACACUUGAUCAGGAGGAUAAUGCAGACAAUGAAACUGAAAAAAGAAAAGAAAGCAAUCAGGAGCAAUCUGAAAUUGCUACUGAUUUGAAUGUACUGAAGAAUGGAGCAUUAUCAGGAGCAGAUGAGAUCGUGACAGCACAACUAGAGAAAGAAGAUAAAGAAGACUCUCGUAUUGUUGAGCAAAUUUCAGAUGAAACCGUUGUUCGACCCAUGAGCUCCUUGCAAGAACAAGCCUCUUUGGAUGUUCCGGAUGGUGAUGUGAUCGUAUACAAUCGCAUGCAACGUGAGGAAAGCCGUGAGAGUUCCGCUCAAAGUGAGUCCGUAAUAUUUGGAAACUCCGAUGAAGAUCGAAUUGUAUCCAAUGAGGCAGAAAUUACUCGGACACAAUUAUCACGGCAUUAUACAAUCGCCGGCGAUGAUCCGCAAAGUAUUUUCCGGUCGGUGACAAUCGUUGAUGCGGUUCAAUUUAUCGAAAAUGAAGACGUUGAUCUUGGCACUGAGUUAAAUAGCGGCAACAGUUUCUGCUUGGACGCUGAGACAUCGGAAAACAUUCGGAAAAAGAUAAUGGCGUACUCGCUGUCGGAGGCUGACUCCGAUUAUUAUGAUCCCAGCAAAAUCGCCGCAGACGAUUUUCACAUAGAUACCGCAAUGACAGAUGCCAUGGACACAUCCACAGAAACCGAAUCCACCAUUGUCUCAGCAGCUGCCAAGAUCCAGGCGGGAGCACGAGGAUUCCUAACUAGGCGAAGAUUACGUCGCGCCAGUGCUGGCACAAAGUCAUCGACCCAAGAAACCAAGGCCUCAUUUGGAAAUGAUGCCAUCAGCGAAUCAUUGGAGCGAUUUAUUGAGGAAGAAGCUGCCAAGAAGAUCCAAGCUGCUUAUCGUCUACAUAGCAAGAAACAGAAGAAGCAGAAACAGAAGAAUGCCAUCAAAAGUGCCAGUUUGGAGAGCAGUUUGGCAGCUAAACGACAAACACUGCAACGGGGAGAUGCCCUACAAAAGGAUUCUAAUUCCACACCAGAUGAUGAAAAUAUCGAAAGCAAAAUUGUGGAUACAAUUGCAGUACAGCAAAAUGAGAGACGUGUACAAAAGAAAGCGAAUAUGAGCUUGAAAUGGCCUCCCAGGAGACAAAACUCUAUGCCGGUUCAAAUUGAGUGUGAGGUUCUUAGAGUUAUUCCCAAACACAGAAGGAGACGUAUCAAAAGCGCCGAAAUGGGAAAGAACAAAUUGCCGAAAUAAAUUUUUACCAAAUAUAAUUAUAGCCGACACGAUAUAAAAUCGUCUGCUUUUUAAAAACGUAUACU